UUGUCAAAUUGCCGUCUGCAGCGAAGCUGUCUUUGCGACGGCUUAUCCGAUUAAUUAUCGAUUCUUAUUAGAAAACCUGCUUAUAAUCAUACAAAAACAUGGGAGACUCCCUUGACGGGAGUGAAAAUACGCCUGAGGCGGCUAACGUCGUGCUAGUCGACUUCCAAGACUUCGCAAACUACCUGCGCCGAGCUGCAACGGUACUUUUGCCCGAGGAUGACAUCGUUCCACCGGCGCUGAACGCAGCUCUUGACGACAAAGUGAACCAAGACUGCAUUAGAAAGUUUGCCUCGGAUCCUCAGGUGUCUUCGUUGUAUGUGCAGCGGUUCUCGUCCAAAGAGGAUGACAAUGAACAGCCAACAGAAGGUGAAGAAGAGAAAGAAGCAGUCACCUAUCAGAUCAGCAAUGAGGUGCACUUCACGUCUCCACGAGUGGCAGCAUUUGUGUGCAUCAAGCGCGGCCAAGUCAUCGAGGCUGACAAAUCUAUUCACAGCCAGCUGCGACUCAUCAACCUUUCCGAUGGCUCUCCAUAUGAGACUCUCCAUGCCUUUAUUAGCAAGACCAUGGCUCCUUUCUUCAAGAGCUAUGUGAAAGAAAGCGGAAGGGCUGAUAGGGAUGGAGACAAGAUGGCACCAUCUGUUGAAAAGAAAAUUGCAGAGUUAGAAAUGGGUCUCUUACACCUUCAGCAAAACAUUGAUAUCCCAGAGAUUACAUUACCAGUCCAUCCUUUAGUGGCAGCUGUGAUUAAAAGAGCUGCAGAUGAGGGUCGAAAGCCACGUGUUGCUGAUUUUGGAGACAAGGUUGAGGACUCGACAUUCCUCAACCAACUUCAGAAUGGAGUCAAUAGAUGGAUCAAAGAAAUACAAAAGGUCACCAAGCUAGACAGAGACCCAUCCAAUGGAACUGCAUUACAGGAAAUUUCCUUCUGGCUAAACCUGGAGAGGGCUCUCCACAGGAUCCAAGAGAAGAGAGAGAGUAUUGAGGUUGCCCUCACCCUCGAAAUCCUGAAGUACGGAAAGCGGUUCCAUGCCACUGUGUCUUUCGACACAGACACCGGCCUAAAGCAGGCACUUGCUACAGUCUCCGACUACAAUCCUCUAAUGAAGGACUUCCCCAUCAAUGACCUUCUUAGCGCCACCGAACUUGAGAGGAUCAGGUUGGCUGUACAGCAAAUCUUCUCCCAUCUCCGUAAGAUUCGCUCUACCAAAUACCCCAUACAGCGUGGCUUGAGGCUAGUGGAAGCCAUCUCUCGUGACCUUGGGCAGCAACUCCUGAAGGUUUUGGGUACUCGACGUCUUAUGCAUAUCCCCUUCGAAGAUUUUGAACGCGUAAUGACGCAGUGCUUUGAAGUAUUUUCGUGCUGGGAUGACGAGUACGAAAAGUUGCAGGGAUUGCUGCGAGACAUAGUAAAGAAGAAGCGAGAUGAACACCUCAAGAUGGUAUGGCGCGUGUCACCGUCACACAAGCGGCUGCAGGCUCGCAUGGAGCACAUGCGCCGCUUCCGCAGGCACCACGAGCAGUUGCGCACUGUCAUGCUGCGGGUACUCCGCCCUCGCGCUACCGUGGCAGCCGAAACCGGCGCUGGCGGCGAGCCGGCCCAGCCUCACUCCCUACCCAUGGACGCUGCCGAUGCCAACGCUAUUGCAGAGGUGAAUCUGGCGUACGAAAAUGUGAAAGAAGUGGACUGCCUGGAUAUAUCUCGAGAGGGCUGUGACGCGUGGGAAGCAGCCGUACGUCGCUAUGAAGACCGAAUUGAUCGCGUCGAGACCCGCAUCACGGCUCACCUCCGCGACCAACUCGGCACAGCCAAGAACGCCAACGAAAUGUUCCGCAUCUUCUCGCGUUUCAACGCUCUGUUCGUGCGGCCCCACAUUCGCGGCGCCAUACGCGAGUACCAGACUCAACUCAUUCAGCGCGUGAAGGACGAUAUUGAGGCUCUGCAUGAGAAGUUCAAGGUCCAAUACCCCCAAUCUAAGUGCAGUCGUCUAUCAUUGGUGCGAGAUUUGCCGCCGGUGGCUGGUUCCAUCAUUUGGGCUAAGCAAAUCGACCACCAACUCACUGCUUACUUGAAGAGGGUUGAAGAUGUCCUCGGCAAGGGUUGGGAAAACCAUAUUGAGGGUCAAAAGCUGAAAGCAGAUGGGGACAGCUUCCGUCUGAAAUUAGAUACCCAGGAAGUGUUUGAUGAUUGGGCUCGCAAGGUCCAACAACGCAACCUCGGUGUGACUGGCCGCAUUUUUGCUAUUGAAUCUGUGCGGGCUCGCUCUAGCAAAACUGGGACAAUACUGAAGCUGAAAGUUAACUUUUUGCCAGAGAUUAUCACCUUGUACAAGGAAGUGCGCAACUUGAAGAACUUGGGAUUCAGAGUCCCAUUGGCAAUCGUCAAUAAGGCUCACCAAGCCAACCAACUGUACCCGUUCGCUAUAUCACUCAUCGAAAGUGUUCGCACUUAUGAACGCACUUUGGAGAAGAUCCGGGACAAAGCAUCGAUUAUCCCGCUAGUGGCUGGACUGCGUCGUGAUGUUCUAAACCAAGUAUCCGAGGGCAUGGCGCUGGUAUGGGAGUCAUACAAACUGGACCCGUAUGUGCAGAAACUGAGCGAAGUCGUACUGCUGUUCCAAGAGAAGGUUGAGGAUCUAUUAGCAGUAGAAGAACAAAUCUCCGUGGACGCUCGUUCGCUCGAAACGUGCCCGUACUCGGCUACAAGCUUGGCAGACAUUCUGAGCCGCUUGCAGCGAGCCAUCGACGAUCUGUCUCUGCGCCAGUACAGCAAUUUGCAUCUUUGGGUGCAGCGCCUUGAUGAAGAGGUGGAGAAAAGCCUUGCAGCCCGUCUGCAGGCUGGCGUUGAAGCUUGGACCGCUGCUCUGCUGGGCAAGACCAACGAGCUCGAUCUGUCUAUGGACACGUAUUCCCCCGCUGAGCCUACCCACAAACCCGGUGGAGAACCACAGAUCGCCCGCGUAGUCCACGAAGUCCGCAUCACAAACCAGCAGAUGUAUCUCUUCCCGUCACUGGAAGAAGCUCGCUUCCAACUGAUGCGUCAAAUGUUCGCGUGGCAGGCCGUUGUCACCAGCCAACAUCGCUUGCAAAGCACUAGAUAUCAAGUAGGCGUGGCGCGCGCUCAAACCGCUACGUACAGGAAUCUUCUCACCAAACUGCCCGGAGGGUCGUCGCCUCUUGAAAACGCCUACGAUGCCAUCGAACAGAAGAUCUCGCAAGUCCGUGAAUACGUCGAUGAAUGGCUGCGCUACCAAGCUCUGUGGGAUCUACAGCCAGAAAGUCUGUACGGUCGUCUUGGCGAAGAUAUUACACUGUGGAUCAAGUGCUUGAAUGACAUCAAGAAAUCUCGCACCACCUUCGACACUUCAGACACUCGUCGCGAGUACGGACCAGUGGUAAUCGACUUCGCACGUGUGCAGAGCAAAGUGGCCCUUAAGUACGACGCGUGGCAUAAGGAAGUGCUGGGCAAAUUCGGAGCGCUGCUGGGUGGAGAGAUGGUUCAAUUCCACUCGCAGCUGGCCAAGUCGCGUUCUCAACUGGAGCAGCAGACUAUCGAGGCUGCAUCCACCAGCGAUGCCGUGUCGCUGAUCACGUACGUGCAACAGCUGAAGCGAGAAGUGCUAGCUUGGGAGAAGCAGGUGGACGUCUACAGGGAGGCACAGCGCAUCCUCGAAAGACAGAGAUUCCAGUUCCCAGCCCAAUGGCUACAUGUUGAUAAUAUUGAAGGAGAAUGGAGCGCAUUCAACGAGAUUAUGCGCAGAAAGGACUCGUCUAUUCAAACUCAGGUGGCAUCGCUCCAGCAAAAGAUUGUAGCCGAAGACAAAGCGGUAGAAGCUCGUACUUUAGAAUUUCUGGCUGAGUGGGAACGCAGCAAGCCCACUGAUGGGUCUACCAGACCCGAAGAUGCUCUGGCCCGUCUGCAGGCCAUGGAAACCAGAUACACCAGGCUCAAGGAUGAAAGAGACAAUGUUGCUAAAGCUAAGGAAGCCCUGGAACUGCAUGAAACUGGUACCUCAGUGAACAACGAGCGAAUGACCGUGGCCCUGGAAGAAUUGCAAGACUUGCGUGGCGUGUGGUCAUCGCUUAGCAAGAUCUGGACCCAGAUCGACGAUAUUCGUGAAAAGCCUUGGCUCUCAGUGCAGCCUAGAAAACUACGGCAACAACUUGAAGCUAUGCUCAACGAGCUGAAAGAACUCCCGGCUCGUCUGCGAAUGUACGACAGCUACGAAUACGUCCGCAAGCUAUUGCAAUCUUACACAAAGGUGAACAUGUUGAUCGUAGAGCUGAAGUCCGACGCGCUCAAGGAGCGUCACUGGCGCCAGUUGUGCCGCGCGCUCAAGGUUGACUGGUCGCUAUCCGAACUGACCCUUGGCCAAGUGUGGGACGCAGACUUGCUUCACAACGAGCAUACGGUCAAAGAUGUCGUCUCGGUUGCCCAAGGAGAGAUGGCGCUGGAGGAGUUCUUGAAACAGGUCCGAGAAUCGUGGCAGAGUUACGAGUUGGACUUAAUCAACUACCAGAACAAAUGCAAGAUCAUCCGCGGUUGGGACGAUCUCUUCAACAAGGUCAAGGAGCAUAUCAACAGCGUCGCUGCCAUGAAGCUCUCUCCGUAUUACAAGGUGUUUGAAGAGGAAGCUUUGACUUGGGAGGAGAAAUUGAACCGUAUCAACGCCCUAUUUGACGUGUGGAUCGACGUCCAACGCCGCUGGGUGUACCUCGAAGGUAUCUUCAGCGGAUCAGCUGACAUCAAGACCUUGCUGCCGGUUGAGACAAGCAGAUUCCAAAGCAUUAGCUCUGAAUUCCUGGGACUGAUGAAGAAAGUGGGCAAGUCGCCAAUGGUCAUGGACGUACUAAACAUCCCGGGGGUACAACGCUCGCUGGAACGCCUAGCUGACCUGCUCGGCAAGAUUCAGAAGGCGCUCGGAGAAUACCUUGAGAGAGAACGAAGCAGUUUCCCACGAUUCUACUUCGUGGGUGACGAAGAUCUGCUGGAAAUUAUCGGUAACAGCAAGAACAUAGCUCGCCUGCAGAAGCACUUCAAGAAAAUGUUCGCUGGAGUCGCCGCCAUUAUCCUGAAUGAAGACAACACUGUCAUCAACGGUAUAGCGUCUCGUGAGGGCGAAGAGGUGUACUUCAUUUCGCCAGUGUCGACCAUAGAGAAUCCGAAGAUCAACUCGUGGUUGUCUAUGGUGGAGCGUGAGAUGCGCGUGACCCUAGCCUGCCGAUUGAAAGACGCUGUAGGAGACGUCAAACAAUUCAAAGAUGGGAACGUUGACCCAACCAAGUUUAUUGAGUGGUGCGAUAAGUAUCAGGCCCAAAUCGUGGUGCUAGCGGCUCAAAUCCUCUGGUCGGAAGACGUGGAAGCGGCGCUGGCCAGCGGUGGUGGAGACGGCCUCAAGCGAGUUCUGGCUCAUGUAGAGAACAUGCUAAACAUAUUAGCUGACUCCGUGCUGCAGGAACAACCUCCGCUGAGGAGGAGGAAACUUGAACACUUGAUCAACGAGUUUGUACACAAGCGUACGGUGACCCGCCGUCUGAUUGCCUCCGAUGUGAACAGCCCACGCAGUUUUGAAUGGCUCUGCGAGAUGCGAUUCUACUUCGAUCCUAGGAAUAACGAUGUGCUCCAACAACUUACAAUCCACAUGGCCAACGCCAAAUUCCUCUACGGCUUCGAGUAUUUGGGCGUCCAAGAUAGGCUUGUUCAGACACCUCUAACAGACCGAUGCUACUUGACCAUGACACAGGCUCUGGAAGCCAGGCUUGGAGGAUCGCCAUUUGGACCGGCUGGUACCGGUAAAACGGAGUCUGUAAAAGCACUCGGAAACCAACUCGGUCGUUUUGUGCUAGUAUUCAACUGUGACGAGACCUUUGACUUCCAAGCCAUGGGUCGUAUCUUCGUCGGUCUUUGUCAGGUGGGCGCUUGGGGUUGCUUCGACGAGUUCAAUCGUCUCGAAGAGAGAAUGUUGUCAGCCGUAUCGCAGCAAGUGCAAACCAUUCAAGAAGCCCUCAAGAGUCAUCAGGAGGGAGACAAUACAGCCAAAUCUAUCACAGUGGAACUGGUCGGCAAGCAAGUGCGUGUAAGCCAGGACAUGGCCAUCUUCAUCACCAUGAACCCUGGAUACGCGGGUCGUUCCAACCUGCCCGACAACUUGAAGAAACUGUUCCGCAGUCUGGCCAUGACCACGCCCGACCGACAACUCAUUGCUGAGGUCAUGCUGUUCAGCCAAGGGUUCCGAACCGCUGAGAAGCUGGCGUGCAAGAUUGUGCCUUUCUUCAAACUUUGCGACGAGCAACUGUCGAAUCAAUCUCACUACGAUUUCGGUCUGCGAGCUCUCAAAUCUGUGCUCGUUUCUGCCGGUAACGUCAAGCGUGACCGCAUUCAGAAAAUCAAGGAGAACCUUAUUGAACGUGGAACCGAAGUGCCAGAUGAGGCAUCCAUAGCAGAAUCGCUGCCAGAACAAGACAUCCUGAUUCAAUCAGUCUGCGAGACCAUGGUGCCCAAACUGGUCGCCGAAGACAUCCCGCUACUGUUCUCCCUUCUCAACGAUGUGUUCCCUAACGUUGGAUACACCAGGGCUGAAAUGACUGGUUUGAAGAACGAAAUCCGUGCUGUAUGCGCUGAGGAAUUCCUCGUAUGCGGAGAAGGCGACGAACAAGGAUCUACCUGGAUGGACAAGAAGCUGGGAGCGGCGUCUCGCGCGCAACACAGCACCUGGAUAGAGAAGGUCCUACAACUGUACCAAAUAUGCAAACUCAAUCAUGGUUUGAUGAUGGUCGGACCUUCUGGAAGCGGAAAGUCUACGGCAUGGCGCGUACUGCUCAAGGCUUUGGAAAGAUUCGAGGGUGUGGAAGGCGUCGCGCACGUAAUCGACCCGAAGGCAAUGUCGAAGGAAACUCUGUACGGUGUACUUGACCCCAACACCCGUGAAUGGACUGACGGUCUCUUCACCCACAUACUCAGGAAAAUCAUCGACAACGUCCGUGGUGAAAUCAACAAGCGUCAAUGGAUCAUAUUCGACGGCGAUGUGGACCCCGAGUGGGUAGAAAACUUGAACUCUGUGUUGGAUGACAACAAACUCCUGACGCUUCCCAACGGAGAGCGUCUGUCUCUGCCGCCUAACGUGCGAGUCAUGUUUGAGGUGCAAGAUCUGAAAUACGCAACGUUGGCCACCGUGUCGCGUUGUGGUAUGGUCUGGUUCUCGCAAGAUGUGCUCACCACCGAAAUGAUCUUCGAAAACUACCUGAUGAGACUAAGGAAUAUUCCUCUGGAGGACGGCGAAGAAGACUCCUUCAGCAUCGUAAUGGCCGCUCCAACAGCUGGCGGUGAUCAGAAUGCUACAGAGAACAUCCUUUCGCCAGCUUUACAGACCCAGAGAGAUGUAGCCGCGAUCCUACAGCCAUUGUUCUUCGGCGAUGGUCUUGUAGUCAAGUGUCUAGAGCGCGCUGCUUCUCUAGACCAUAUCAUGGAUUUCACCCGCCACCGGGCUCUCUCAUCUCUACACUCGAUGUUGAACCGUGGCGUGAGGAACAUUCUGGGAUACAACCGUCAGCACCCAGACUUCCCUGUUACUAACGAGCAAUUGGAAGCAUACGUGCCUAAAUGGCUUGUGUAUUCACUGCUAUGGUCGUUCGCUGGUGACGCGAAAUUGAAGGACCGCAAUGAACUUGGCGACUUCAUUAGAUCUGCAAGCACGAUGCAGCUGCCCAAUUGCGGUGCUAAUCAGCACAUAAUCGACUUUGAGGUAUCAAUAACCGGUGAAUGGGUGCCGUGGUCGGCUAAGGUGCCGCAGAUUGAGGUAGAGACCCACAAAGUAGCCGCACCAGAUGUAGUUGUUCCAACGCUGGACACGGUGCGCCAUGAAGCCUUGCUGUACACUUGGCUGGCUGAACACAAACCACUGGUUCUCUGCGGCCCGCCCGGUUCCGGCAAAACCAUGACGCUCUUCUCGGCGCUUCGAGCGCUGCCCGACAUGGAGGUGGUCGGCUUGAACUUCUCUUCGGCCACCACGCCCGAGCUGCUGCUGAAGACCUUCGACCACUACUGCGAGUAUAGGAAGACGCCCAAUGGCGUGGUGCUCGCUCCAGUGCAGCUCGGCAAAUGGCUGGUACUGUUCUGCGACGAGAUCAACUUGCCUGACAUGGACCAGUACGGCACGCAGCGUGUGAUUUCCUUCCUCCGACAGCUGCUUGAACACAAAGGAUUCUACAGGGCUAGUGAUCACUCGUGGGUGCACCUGGAACGCAUUCAGUUCGUGGGCGCGUGUAACCCGCCGACCGACCCGGGCCGAAAGCCCCUGUCGCACAGGCUGUUACGUCACGUGCCCGUCAUCUACGUCGACUAUCCUGGAGAGACUUCAUUGGAGCAGAUCUAUGGCACAUUCACUCGUGCAAUGCUCCGAAUGCAACCAGCCCUGCGUGGUUACGCGGAACCUCUAACCCAGGCCAUGGUGAAACUGUACUUGGCGUCUCAAGAACGCUUCACACAAGACAUGCAACCUCACUACGUGUACUCGCCCAGAGAAAUGACCAGAUGGGUGCGCGGUAUCUGUGAAGCCAUCAGGCCUUUAGACAACUUGUCAGUAGAAGGUUUGGUUCGCCUCUGGGCUCACGAGGCACUCCGUCUAUUCCAAGACAGACUGGUUGAGGAUUCUGAAAGGCAAUGGACUGACGAGAACAUCGACAAUGUCGCUAUGAGAUUCUUCCCAGGCAUAAAUCGAGACCAAGCGCUUGAGCGCCCCAUACUUUACAGCAACUGGCUAAGCAAAGAUUACGUGCCAGUAAACAGAGACCAACUCCGCGAGUACGUCAAGGCUAGACUGAAGGUGUUCUAUGAAGAAGAGUUGGACGUACCUCUAGUGCUAUUCGACGAGGUAUUAGACCACGUGCUGCGGAUCGACCGUAUCUUCCGCCAGCCGCAGGGCCAUCUCCUGCUUAUUGGUGUCUCGGGAGCAGGAAAGACCACGCUCAGUCGCUUCGUCGCCUGGAUGAACGGACUUAGCAUCUUCCAGAUCAAGGUCCACAACAAAUACACUGGUGCUGACUUCGACGAGGACUUGCGUACUGUUCUGCGCCGCGCCGGCUGCCGCGAUGAGAAGCUGGCCUUCAUUCUCGAUGAAUCCAACGUGCUCGACAGCGGUUUCCUUGAGAGAAUGAACACGUUACUCGCCAACGGAGAGGUCCCUGGACUGUUUGAGGGCGAUGAAUUUGCGGCUCUGAUGACGCAAUGCAAAGAAGGUGCGCAGCGCGAAGGAUUGAUGCUCGAUUCCAAUGAUGAACUUUACAAAUGGUUCACCGGGCAAGUAAUGCGCAAUCUCCACGUGGUGUUCACAAUGAAUCCUUCCUCCGAGGGCCUGAAGGACCGCGCGGCUACGUCACCGGCGCUAUUCAACCGAUGUGUGCUCAACUGGUUCGGUGACUGGAGCGACGGUGCUUUGUACCAGGUGGGCAAAGAGUUCACCAGUCGCAUGGACUUAGACUCGGCAGAGUACGUGCCGCCAGACCUAUUCCCAGCGGCUUGCGGUAUGAUCGGCGCGAGACCAUCGCACCGCGCCGCCGUCGUCAACGCCUGCGUGUAUGUGCACCAGACCUUGCACCAGGCUAAUGCAAGAUUGGCCAAACGGGCUAACAGGACCAUGGCUAUUACGCCUAGACACUACCUAGACUUCAUCCAGCAAAUGGUGAAGUUAUACGCGGAAAAGCGCGCUGACCUUGAAGAACAACAGCUGCACUUGAACGUGGGCCUGGGCAAGAUCGCCGAGACCGUGGAGCAGGUUGAAGAAAUGCAGAAGAGCCUCGCCGUCAAGUCGCAGGAACUCCAAGCUAAGAAUGAAGCAGCCAACGCCAAACUUAGGCAGAUGGUAAAAGAUCAGCAAGAAGCCGAAAAGAAGAAAGUAGAAAGUCAGGAAAUCCAGGUUGCUUUAGAAAAACAAACAAAGGAAAUUGAAGCGAAGCGACGAGACGUAAUGGCUGAUUUGGCGCAAGUGGAGCCGGCUGUCAUCGAGGCGCAAAACGCGGUGAAAUCGAUAAAGAAGCAGCACUUGGUGGAAGUGCGAUCGAUGGGCAACCCGCCGGCGAUCGUGAAAGUCGCCUUAGAAUCGAUUUGCCUACUUCUCGGCGAAAACGCGACAGACUGGAAAGCGAUUCGAGCCGUCAUCAUGCGAGAGAACUUCAUCAACAGCAUCGUCUCCAACUUCUCUACCGAGGACAUAACUGACGACGUUCGCGAAAAGAUGAGGACUCGUUAUUUGAGCAAUCCGGAUUACAACUUCGAGAAAGUGAACAGGGCCAGUAUGGCUUGUGGUCCUAUGGUCAAAUGGGCUAUUGCUCAGAUUGAAUACGCGGACAUGUUGAAACGUGUGGAACCGCUUCGCAACGAGCUGAAGGCUUUGGAAGACCAGGCCCAAUACAACGUGAAGGCUGGCGACGAAGUGCGUGAUCUGAUCGCACAGCUGGAGAAGUCCAUCGCGUCGUACAAGGAAGAAUACGCGCAACUCAUCAGCCAAGCACAGGCUAUCAAGACUGACCUGGAAAAUGUACAAGCAAAGGUCGACCGAUCCAUAGCCCUGCUCAAGAGCUUAGUGAUCGAAAGGGAACGUUGGGAGUCUAGCUCGGAGACGUUCCGCUCGCAGAUGAGCACCAUUGUAGGCGACGUGCUUCUGUCCGCCGCCUUUAUCGCUUAUGGGGGAUACUUUGACCAACAUUACCGUCAAAGUCUGUUCUCGACUUGGACGGCACACUUGGCGGCCGCUAACAUCAAGUACCGAGCGGACAUCGCCCGUACCGAGUAUCUGAGCAACCCAGACGAGCGGCUGCGCUGGCAGGCGAACGCGUUGCCCACUGAUGAGCUGUGCGUCGAAAACGCGAUUAUGCUCAGACGCUUCAACCGCUACCCGCUCAUAAUAGACCCGUCCGGCCAAGCGACGGAGUUCAUAAUGAGGGAGUUUAAGGACCGCAAGAUCACCAAAACGUCAUUCCUGGACGAUUCCUUCAGGAAGAACCUGGAAUCAGCUCUGCGUUUCGGAAACCCGUUGUUGGUACAGGACGUGGAGAACUAUGACCCCAUCUUAAACCCGGUAUUGAACCGAGAGCUCCGCCGUACUGGCGGCCGUGUACUCAUCACGCUCGGAGACCAGGACAUUGAUCUGAGUCCUUCCUUCGUCAUCUUCCUCAGCACCAGGGACCCAACAGUAGAGUUUCCUCCGGACAUGUGCUCGCGUGUGACGUUCGUGAACUUCACUGUGACGCGCUCGUCGCUGCAGUCACAGUGUCUGCAUCGCGUGCUCAAGGCUGAACGACCUGACAUUGACACUAAGAGAUCUGACCUACUCAAAUUGCAAGGUGAAUUCCAUCUCCGUCUGCGUCAACUGGAGAAAUCCCUGCUCCAAGCUCUAAACGACGCAAAGGGCAAGAUCCUGGACGACGACUCCGUUAUUGCCACCCUUGAAACUUUGAAGAAGGAGGCCGAUGACAUCGGACAGAAGGUGGAAGAGACCGAUAAAGUCAUUGGUGAAAUUGAAACCGUUAGCCAGCAGUAUCUGCCGCUAUCUCAGGCUUGCAGCAGCAUCUACUUCACGAUGGAGUCUCUGAACCAAGUGCACUUCUUGUAUCAGUACUCGCUCAAGAUGUUCCUGGACAUAUUCAGCUCGGUGCUCGUGUGCCCGCGUCUAAGCGGCGUCACCGACUAUACCGCUCGUUUGAACACCAUCACUGAGGAGCUGUUUACGGCUGUAUACGAGCGUGUGGCCCGCGGUAUGCUGCACACAGACCGCCUUACCUUCGCUCUGCUGCUGUGCCGAAUCCACCUCAAGGGCACCGGGGCCGCCGACACUUUGGACCAAUCGUUCGGCGUGUUCCUUCGCGGCAAAGAAGGCUUCGUCAACCACGCGCCGCCUUCCGACCACCUUACCACACAGCAACAUACCGCCGCUGCGAGGUUGAGCUCAAGGUUGAUGGCGUUCCGCCGCCUGCUAGAGAAAGCAGCGGAGCUCCCGGAACUCCCCGCGUGGCUGUCGCAAGCGGCGCCCGAGCAGUGCGUGCCGACGCUGUGGGACUGCGACGCCGCCGCGCCGCCCGCGCCGCACACUCUGGCGAUGUAUCGCCUGCUGCUCAUACAGGCGUUCCGCCCAGACCGCGUGAUAGCGGCUGCGACGCAACUGGUGGCCGCGGUACUUGGCCCCAUAUUCCUAUCGCGGGCUGAGACUGAAUUGGACCUGGCCGGUAUUACCGACCAACAGCUAAACGCUACCACUCCUGCACUGCUGUGCUCCGUGCCUGGAUAUGACGCUAGCGGUCGUGUGGACGAUAUGGCGACUGAACUAAACAAACCGCUUUCGAGUAUUGCCAUCGGGUCGGCGGAAGGAUUCAACCAAGCGGAGCGUGCUAUCAACACCGCUUGCAAGACGGGACGCUGGGUGAUGCUAAAGAACGUGCACCUAGCACCCGUUUGGCUAGUGCAGCUAGAGAAGAAGUUGCACUCCCUACAACCGCACCCGAACUUCCGCCUGUUCUUAACCACGGAGAUCAGUCCCAAACUGCCAGUGAAUUUGCUGAGAGCCGGCCGAGUGCUUGUCUUCGAGCCGCCGCCGGGUAUCCGGGCUAAUUUGCUCAGGACUUUCGCUACUGUCCCUGCUGCCCGCAUGAUGAAACCUCCUUCGGAGCGCGCAAGACUUUACUUCUUACUUGCUUGGUUCCAUGGCAUCGUACAAGAGCGUCUUCGUUACGUGCCGCUCGGAUGGGCUAAAUACUACGAGUUCAAUGAGUCGGACCUCCGUGUGGCUUGUGACACUCUGGAUACUUGGAUCGACGCCACGGCCAUGGGCCGCACCAACCUUCCUCCCGAGAAAGUCCCGUGGGAAGCUCUGGUCACUCUCCUAUCCCAGUGCAUCUACGGAGGAAAGAUCGACAACGCCUUCGACCAGCGUCUGCUGCACUCUUUCUUGUGCAAGCUGUUCACGCCAAGGUCCUUCGAGGCAGAUUUUGCUUUAGUCGCCAAUGUGGACGGGUUGCUGCAACAGGCGACCGGCAACCAGCGCCACAUCACCAUGCCGGACGGCAACCGCCGCGACCACUUCCUCAAGUGGAUCGAAGAGCUGUCCGAUAGGCAGACGCCGUCGUGGCUGGGACUGCCAAACAAUGCUGAGAAGGUGCUACUGACAACUCAAGGAAGCGAUCUCGUAUCAAAACUUCUCAAGAUGCAACAACUUGAAGACGAGGAAGAACUGGCCUACAACGCCGCAGCGCAGGAUGACCUCACCGCGAUGGUGGUGGAAGGAGACGGCAGGCCGGCUUGGAUGAAGACCCUGCACGCGACUGCUACCAACUGGCUGCAGUUGUUGCCACAAGAACUACCCACGCUGCGCCGUACGGUGGAGAACAUCAAAGAUCCGUUGUACCGGUUCUUCGAGCGCGAGGUGGCGGCCGGCGCGUCGCUACUGCAGCAAGUGUUGCACGACCUGCGCAAUGUCAUCUCCAUCUGUCAGGGCGAGAUGAAGCAAACAAAUGAGACGCGAGCCAUGGUGGGAGCAUUAGUCCGCGGCAUGCUGCCUUCAAGUUGGCGGCGUUAUGCCGUUGCACGUGGAUGUACUGUGCAGCAGUGGGUCGGCGACUUCGCGCACCGCGUCACGCAACUCGCAGCUGUCUCUGAGGCCGUGGCUGAUAAGGGCGCCAAGCGACUGCAGAGCGUGCCGGUUUGGCUCGGAGGCCUGCUCAACCCAGAGGCAUACAUCACUGCAACUCGCCAAUGUGUAGCUCAAGCCAACUCUUGGUCUCUUGAAGAACUUCACCUACAGGUGACGAUCCCGGACCCGGGCACGCCGACGGAGAACGCGCAGUCCGAGUGGUCGUUCUCGGUGACUGGCCUUAAGCUGCAGGGCGCCACCGUCAAGGGCAACCGUCUGCUGCUCACGAAUACCAUCAUGGUGGAUCUGCCGCUCACCGUGCUCACUUGGCUACGUGGGCCGGAAACAUCAACAGGCGGGCAGACUCUCACCCUUCCGGUGUAUUUGAACAGCGCGCGUUCCGAGCUACUGUUCACUGUGCGCCUACCAGUCGCGCCUGGGCAGGAGCCUCACGCCUUCUACGAGCGAGGCGUCGCCCUCCUUACCUCUACCGCACUCAACUAAACUGUUUAGAUGUUGGAAAAUAUUUCGGCAUAGACGUCACACGUAUAUUAUUAUCAUUACCGAAGUUUAACAUGUUUAUUCAAAAAUAUACGGUUACUUGAGAUUCUAUUAUUAUAUAACUUGAUUUUUAAAUGCCUCUGGCACAAGGCAACUUCCUCUCGAUGAUAAUAUUGAUUUGUAAAGCUUAAAUAUUAUGUUUUUUCAGUAAGUUUAGGGUCUUACAUGCUUUCUAUCGCAAGAUUAAAAAAUAUAUUAGCAAAAGCUUA